UCGCGUCGCAUUGCUUGCAAAGCUCAAAGCACUCCUUUUGGACCUUGGGUCUCGCUUGGAAUCGUUUUGAUUUCCUGUCAACCUGCCAAGGCCCAUCCUCCCUCUCCAGCUUAGUUAAUCCGUUAUUAAUCUUUCAGUACCUACCCUUAUGCCUAAUUCAUUUUCGUCAGUUUCAUUUUUAUUACUCAGGAAAUCAUACGUGGAAUGGAUUUAAAAUUAAGAUUCAGUUCUAAACGUUGCCUUCAUCACCUUAAUAUUGUGACAUUUUCAAUGUAAAUAUAUUUUAUAAAAAAAUAAGUGAGAAGUUAUUCGUGAAUUGAGAGCUCAAAAAUGCUGUUAGCAAGUGAUUACUUGAUAAAAUUGUACAAUAGUUUGAGUAUUUUUGUAAUGUUAUCAAUUUUAUUUGGAGUACAAAUGGCAAAAAAAAUACCGAAGAGAACGCCAGAGGAAAUUAGGGUAGCUAUGAUACGACACGGUUUAGUCCCCCAAUUGAUUGAAAAGGCACCAGAAUAUGCUGUAGAGGUAGCAUACGGGGAAAAAAUUGUAGAUUUUGGUAAUAAUUUGACUGAUGUAGACAUGAAAAAUGAGCCAACUCACGUGAACUGGCCGGCCGAAAAAGACUCUUUGUACACACUUAUGUUAAUAGGCCCAGAUGUUCCUACUUACGAGCAUCCUGAUGACAAAGAGUGCCAGCACUGGAUUGUUGCCAAUAUACGCGGGAAUGAUAUUAAAACUGGGUAUCAUUUAUCAGAAUACGUAGGGCUCAUACCAUUCUACGAAUACGGCCCACAUCGACUCUUCUUUCUUGUGUUCAAACAAGCUUUAAAAGAUGUGCCACUUAAGUUUGAAGAGGAUGAAUAUCGACCAAAGAGGAUAAUCGGCUACAUGCGAGGAUUUUUCGAGUUCAAGCCAUUCGCGGCAAAGUAUCGACUGGGUGAACCGAUCGCAGCUAACUUCUUCCUGGUUCAAAUCAAUCCUUACCCGUUCAAUUUAACCAAUUUUGCCGUAGAUAGUGAUGGAUUGAGCUCCAGGUUCAAACCAUACGUAAACCUCACGAAUUAACUGACUUCCAUGCGAAUGAAGAUGAGUUGGACGCGCGGUAUGAAACAGCACCCUGGCAAUGAUAACAUCCAUGCAAAAAUCGUCGAGUAUAUAUUUUUUACUGAAAAUGUUUUCGUAGAAAUUUUGAGGUAUUUCUGAUGUAACAAAUGAUUGCACUAGAGAGAAUCUAGAGGAAAGUUAGUCAGGGCCGUGUGACGUCCUAUGGACGAGUAGAGCGGUAGCCCGUUGACAGAAGGGGGGCGGCAA